ACAUCAACCUAAAUCAGGCGCGUCCUACAACCAUUUGUCAUAGUGUAAAAUGAAUUAGUGUAAAGUGAAAUAAAACAUGGAGUCCUACGAACAAAUCGCAUAUAACAAUAAUAAUUUAAAACACAACUACAACGAAUUGAAAAACGAUUUCUAUAACUACCAAGAAACAAACUCGAAAAGUCAACAUAAGGAAGAAACGAAUUAUAGAUUGAAAAUCGACGAUAAUACUAAUUUAACAACACCAUUCUCAGUGAAGGAUAUAUUAAAUAUAAAUCAAAAUUAUUACGAACGAAACGAUAUGUGGAAGAAUGAAAGAAGAAUAAAUGAUAUCGAACCUGUAUACCAUCAAAAUCAAUACUGCCCUGAUUACGUCAGUCAAGUAUACCACAAUAUACCAGUCCAUAGUAACAUGGAAUAUUGGAAUCCUGAAUACGAUCAUAAAGUCGAUGAAUUUUAUAACUACAAUCAAUAUUAUCACAACUUCUAUCAGACACACGAAUAUCAAGAAGUUCCUGUCCAAACAGGAGAAAGUUCAAUGAAACUCGAUAGUGUUGAGAGAGACCCGCCCAGUGUGAUGCCACCUUUAGGUCCAGUUCCUGAUAAAACUCAACAACCAAAUCUACAAAAUUUUAAUACUUACCCCAAAGCAGAUGUAUUGGAAACCUUUAAUAAUAUAACAAGGAAAACAACAAAGGCAGUAGUGACAAACGGAAAAACGGACAAAAAAGAUAAGAAUACAAAAAGAAAACCGAGAAUCCUCUUUUCCCAAACACAAGUGCACGCUUUGGAAUUACGUUUUCGUGCACAGAAGUACUUAACCGCACCAGAACGAGAACAACUUGCGAAAACAUUGAACUUAUCACCAACACAAGUUAAAAUAUGGUUCCAAAAUAGAAGAUAUAAAAGUAAAAGAAUAACUACUCCAGAAGUUUCAACAUCAACGGAUGCAAAACCAAGUAAAAGUACAGGAAGAAAAUUGUACAAACCAGAAACUGAAGUCAAUCAAAUUAAAAUAGAACAUUAUGUAACUACGAAGACUGAAAAUGAACCCAUUUGUGAUACAAAUGAAAGCAUGCCGAUUUAUUUCGACGAUAGUUUGAACUACGAUAAUGUACAAGAUAAAUAUUAUAGACAUAUAGAUAUGGAACAAAAUGUUGGAACAUCUUCAGAUUACACGAAUAUUAGAGAGAAUGAUUACACGGAACAUAAUGAUAUUAAGAAAUUUUAUACAAUGAAUUAUGUUUGUUGAUGAAACAUGAUUUUAUUAAACGUGCCAAAAUAGACUGA